CCUAGCGCUCCACGCGGUACUAUUUAGCUUUAUUUAUAUUUUUCCACGAUACUUUUUGAAUUUUGCCGUGUAUUUUAGUUUUAAGUUUUUAACUUACCCCGUAAACACUAAACAACACAAUAUUUUAAGAUUUAUUUUAAGUUUAUCUUAAGCCAUGGGAAAAGGUAAUCGAACAAGUUUUGUUGCGCGUAAUUCUGAAUUUGUUUAUGGUGACAAUGAUGAUGAAAUGGAAAGUGCCGUGGCAUCUGCUCAAGAUCCAAAAGAAUUGCAGGUGUUCUGGCCAUAUAUUGUGGGUAUGUUGAUCAGUCUGGAUUCAUUGCCAUUGGAUGAAAUUCAUCAAAUUUUGAAAAUGUUUGCUACUCAAGGAACUCGUGUUGAUUGUAGUCUUACACAACUCCGUCUUUUCCUAGACGAAAAAGUUAAAGACCAUCUUUUGAUUUUCACUGGAGGUCGUUAUAAACUAAAUAAAACAGUAAUAAUGUGUAGUAAUAAGUAGUAAUAAGUAAAAUAAAUUAUUUUCUUUUUAAGUGGUUUUACUUUCCUAGUAAAAAUUUCAAUUAUUGGCUUAUACUAUAGAUUAUAGAUUAUAGAUGCUAACCGCUCAUCGACACAAUUGAACCAACUUUGGAUAUAAUCAUUGUUAAACUAAUGACUGUUAUGAUCCAUUGUAAACAACAAGUUAGACAUUGUGACAGAGUUGGUAAUUUAGAUCAAAGUAAUUUUAGUUAUCUUGUAAAGCAAAAAUUAUGUAAUCACGGAUUUAACAUAUAAUGUAUUAUGCAUUUUAUAAAUAGCAUCAUUAGGACCUACAUUGAUACAGAUACAGAAAAUGUAUAUCAGAGUUGUAUUAGCGUUUUCUUAUAAGUUAAAUUUUCAAAAUAAAAUCAAGUCUUAUAAAAUAA